CUAGAGUCUAGAGACCAUCCCAUCGUAAAUCAGUCACCGUAUUGCAGUGAUGCAAGCUGCUACCUUCGAUGAAUCUAGGAAACUCGUUAACUCUAGGAAGCAGAAGGUUCUCCCGAACCGAAACGUUAACGUUAGCAACCUGUUCAGAAAGCAGCCAUUCGUUUCUCACUUCAGAAGAGGUUUCACACGUAAGCGUAUUUUGUUUUCAGGAAGUUCGGAUUUACCAUAAAAGCUACGGCCAGUUUGAGCUGUAACUGACAAGAGUGACGUUUAUUUUCACGUCAUAUUUCACAGGAAAAGAAUGGUUCCGAUAACUGCAGAGGCUAUCAGGGACAAUUGUCAGGAAGUUUAUUUAUGCUAAGUGCAUCAGCAGUCCAGCAUGUCAGGGGUGACGGCCAGUACAACAAACUACCUGUGGUCUGUAGAAGAUGUCCUCGGGCAAGGGGCUACUGCCAGUGUCUACAAGGCACGCAACAAGAGGUUGGGUGAGCUGGUAGCCGUCAAGGUGUUUAACAUGUUGAGCUACAACCGCCCCCAUGAGGUCCAGAUGAGAGAGUUUGAGAUGCUGAGGAAGCUCAAUCACAACAAUAUUGUCAGGCUGCACGCCGUGGAAGAGCUGCCCUCUAAACAGAAGGUGCUGGUGAUGGAGUAUUGUUCAGGAGGAUCUCUUCUCAGCCUGCUCGAGGAGGCAGAAAACGCCUUUGGCCUGCCUGAAACAGAGUUCCUCACAGUUUUGCAGUGUGUAGUGCAGGGGAUGAACCACCUGCGAGAAAAUGGUGUGGUACACCGGGACAUUAAACCAGGCAACAUCAUGCGGCAGGUUGGGGAGGAUGGCAAGUCUGUUUAUAAGCUGACUGACUUUGGAGCAGCAAGAGAGCUGGAAGAUGAUGAGAAGUUUGUGUCUAUCUACGGAACUGAAGAGUAUCUGCACCCAGACAUGUAUGAACGUGCCGUGCUGCGUAAGCCUCAACAGAAAUCCUAUGGAGUGAGUGUAGACCUGUGGAGUAUUGGUGUGACAUUUUACCACGCUGCCACUGGUAGUCUUCCCUUCACACCGUAUGGAGGACCCCGCAGGAACAAGCCCACCAUGUUCAAAAUGACUACAGAGAAGCCUAUGGGGGCAAUAAGCGGAACACAGCGGGUGGAGAACGGGCCUAUAGAGUGGGGCUACCACCUACCUCACAGCUGCCAACUAUCACAGGGUCUGGCGGUGCAGCUGGUUCCAGUACUAGCGGGUAUACUGGAGGCUGACCAAGAGAGGUGUUGGGGCUUUGACCAGUUCUUCACAGCCACCACAGACAUAUUGCAGCGGCAGCCAGUUCACAUCUUCUCUCUGCAACAGGCCAUGGCGCAUUGCAUCUACAUAAACCACUAUAACACGGUGUCAGUGUUCUUUGAGGAGGUGGCGUCUCAAACCGGUAUAGGAGUUCAGCUGCAACAUCUGCUGUACCUGGGUCACAACCUCCCUCUGGAGGGCAACAUGAAGGUGGUCAACCUUCCGCCUACUUCACCUGCCCAGCCCCUCAUUCUGCUCAGCUAUGGGCCUGAAGCACAUACCAGCAUGCCCUUCAGAGAACCAGAGACUCCAGUCAUCCCAUCCAGGUUUGACAUUAUGGCAGACUACAACUUCUCCAAGGUAAUAGUGGGAGUGGUCUAUCAGUAUUUGAGGAUAGUACAGUUGCUGCACACACACCGAGAGCUGCUGCUGCAAGGAUACUACAGCUACAUGAUGAGGUUGCGCAGGGAGUGUGAAGACGCAAUGCACAGUAUCGCGAUGAUCACCAUUAGACUGCAGUCUUGCCUCAUCGUAGAACACAGGACACACACACUAGGCCAUUAUGCUUCAGAAAACCAAGGUUCAGCUGAUAGGCAAAAGCUGCAUCUGGUCCAUGAGCACUUGCCUAUAUACGCUGCCGGAAUCCAAGAGUUUCAGAACCGACUGGACCAUCUGCAGAUAGAACAGGCCAAGCUAGCAGAGACGCUGGCCAAUGACAAGAGCAGGAAGAAGAUGGAGGUGCUGCUGCAGAAGAUUAUGUCAAUUCAUCAGCAUUAUCGUAAAGACAGAUUAACUGGCAAGUUGGCGUAUAACGACGAGCAAAUCCACAAGUUUGAGAAAAUCCACCUGUCGACCCACAUUAAGCGAGUGAAAUCUCUCCUACGAGAGGACUGUGUGCAGAGAUACAAAGAGCUUUUGGCCUCAACAAGGACGUGGAGCAGUGUAUUACUGGAGAUGCAGACCCGACUGCAGGACUUCAGCUCUUUCUCCACAGGCUUGUUGGCAGACCUGGAGAUGAAUGAGCAGCGCCAAAAUAAGGCUCUGGACAGAAUCCUUUUCACUCUGCAGUCCAAGCAAACAGGACAACAGCCUGGAAUCGCACCCAGGGACAAGGACCACAUGGUCUCUAGGAUGCACCAUCUGAAGGAGGAAAUGGAGAUGUUGGUGAGGGAACUACAGUGUAACAACAGCAUUAUUGAGAGUCUGGGAGCAGUGAACCCUGCAGCAGCUCUGGAGCCGAGCUUGGCCAGACCUUCUACACUGUGACAACAGUACCGCAUCUUUGCAUCUUAACUCACAAAUCCACACACACUGGCUGCAGCCCAUGCUGUAUGAAGAGGAAGCAGCCAAAGACAAUCAAUCAAAUGUGAAUCUACAUUUAGAGAUAAGAUGCACAGAAUGCAGAAGAAGGAAACGCCACUGAUGGAUUUUUUGUCAGUGUGUGUGUGUGGGUGUGGCUGGUGACUGAGUACAGCAGUUCAAUACAAACUUCAUUAAUGCCUUUAGUGUUAUUGUAUUUCUAAUAGGUUGCCACAGUAAUGGACCGUCAGGAUAAAGCAAAAGGAAUGCCAAGGCUGCUAGAGUAUUUUUCUAGGGCCGUGUUUCUUCUUUGUCCCACAGAAGAAGCUCCGCGGAAUCUGGAGAAACUUAAAUACUGACACUAUAGCUCUCCGUCUGUGUAUAUCUGUCUGUCUUAUGUGUGUGUGUUUGUUAGGUUUGAGCUGUCUGCUGUCUUUUUUUUUCUAAUGGUUGAUCUUUCAAAUGGUUUCAUGUGACUUAAUUACUGUUUACUUUAAGAAUAUCAUGGUAAAUUUAGUGAAUAAAUAGUGAUUGAUUACAUAAUUGAUUACAUCAUAUAUUUAUUGUUAGCGUCUCCAAGCACACAGCACUGUAGUUUUGAAGUGACAUUUGUCUCUCUUGUUGUUGAUGUUUAACUUGAAUGAUAAAAUUAUUUCUUUGUAUUUUAUCAUAGGUUUCACUGUAAAAGAAAAGAAACAAAUCAGGGAAACUCUGCACUCACCACAGUGUCUCCUUUUUAACAGAAGUACACAGUCUAGUGACAAUAUAGCAAAUUAACCAUAACAUGACAUUAGCCAGUGUGGUUCACACAGUGGGAAAAUCCCAGGGUUAGUAAUUUGUUUAAUAAGGGGUCACAGGUGAUGCAAAAGGUUGGUGAAAAAUGAAAAAUAUACUUUUUACCAUA